AUAAUGAUGAUAUUGAUAACAUUGCAUUACAUCCACCAUGAAUCAUCAUGAUUCAUGAACAUGAACACAUGACCAUGAUGAUGAUGAUGAUGAUACACCAAGACAAACAAUAAACUAAAAAAAAAAAAAGGAAAAGUUUCAAACUUUACUAUUUGCUUUCCAAGAUUAUAUACAUACAAAACUAUGAAUCUAUUUAUCUAUGGUUAUGAACAUGAAUAGAGCUUCUCAAUCCCAUCGUGAGAAUGACACCACCGCCACCACCACCACCACCACCACCACCACUACCAUACCCAUCUCCCCCACCGACCUCAUCACAAGAUCAUUCCACAACCUCUCAGCAGCCGCCUCCCGGGGCCGUCCAUGGCCGGAGUUCGCCGCUUCCUCAGCUAUCGACCGACCCCACUCGCUAUCCACAGCUCUCCGCCGAAUGCAGACCAAUGCCAAGCGCUUCCGCGUCAACUACGCCUUCCUGUUGUGUAGCUGCGCUGCCAUCUCCCUCCUCGGAACACCCCUCUUGCUGGUGGUUGCAGCCACCAUAGCAGCCCUCUGGCUGCUCCUCUACUUCUUUAGAGAAGACCCUUUGGUGCUCUGGGGCCACCAGGUCGGCGAUCGGACCCUGCUGCUGGUGCUGCUCGUUGUCUCCAUGGUGGCCUUGUGGCUAACCAACAUUGAGGGGAGUCUGGUCAUGGCUGCUGGAAUUGGGAUCUUGUUGUGUGCGGUUCAUGCUCUUCUUAUGAACCCAGAUGGCUUCUUUCUCGAUGAGGAUGAAGCCGUGUCUGCCAACCUCAUCCAGCCACAGCCACCGCAACCACCAUCUACGUCCAUCUCCGUUUGAUUUGUUUACAAACAAAUCCAAAAGAGUUUAAGAUGAGAGGUACAGAGGUGGGUGAAGUGAGCCCCAUGUGGCCUAAUUUGUACUCAGUACUGACUCAAGACUCUUGUGCAGAUUCAGAUUCAGAUACAGAUAACGAUACUUUUCAAGUUUCAACUUUGAACU